GCCCCCUAGCAGGUGUGAAAAGAUGGCACACACCCGGAUCUCCAUGUACAUGCCUCCUGACCUCGACCCCACCAAGGCCGCCAUUGCUUGUGGCUGUCGGGCCUUGCCCAAGCUCAAUGAGGAGCUGCAAUCAAAUGAGCUCCUGACCAGGCAGAAAGCCCUUGUGGCUCUGUGUGACCUCAUGCAUGAUCCCGAGUAUGUCUAUGAGGCCAUCAGUAUAGGCUGUCUGAAGAGCCUGAAGGCCUUGCUGAGGGACGGCAACAACCUGGUGCGGAUAAAGACCACUGAGGUGCUGCACAUCAUGGCGACACAUAAUGUGGGCAGAGUUGGCUUCUUAGACCAAGGAGUCAUCGCAGACCUGUCGUUCCUGCUGAAUGAUCAUCAGGUGGUCUGCAGAGAGAACCUCCACCAGGCGUACAAGCAUCUGGCGCAGCUGCCUGAAGGUGCCCGGGGCAUCGUCAGCAGUGGCCUGAUCCCCUCGCUGGUCUGGAAGCUGCAGACGGAGAACGAAUACAUUCAGGAGCUCAUCCUGGACACUCUGGCCCCGUGCCUGCGGGAGGAUGCCAGCGAGGCCCUCAACAGCCAGGCUGUGCCCUAUUUUAAGGAGAAGCUCCUCAGCGACUCCCCCCAAAUCCGAAGCAAGGCUGCUCGGGCGCUCAUCGCCAUCAGCGUCCCUUUGGAGGGCAAGAACCAGGUGUGGCAGCAUAAUGUCAUUCCUGUUCUGGUGGAACUGCUGGUAGAUCCUGACGAGGAGGUACAGGCCAAUGUCGCUGGGGCCCUGAUGAACGCAGCGGUGACCACUGAAGGGAAGUAUGCAGCACUUGACGCCAAUGCCAUCGGCCCGCUCAUGGAGUUGCUCUGUUCCAAACCCACGACCAAGGUGAUCCUGAAUGCCACGAAAGCCCUCACCAUGCUGGCUGAAGCCCCCGAGGGCCGCCAGUCACUGCAGGCCCACUUGUCUACUUUCCAGCGCCUCCUGAUGCAUGACAUGGAGGCCAUUCGGAGAGCAGCCCAAGUCGCCAUCAAAGUGAUUGAGUGGAAGCCGUGACUCCCUGUGGGGCCGGGGGCCUCCCUCUCUGCCUCAAUAAACGAGUUG